UAGCACUUCCUCCCUGACUCUCAGUUAAGCUAACCAUCUUACUGCAUACGAGCAAAGCGACCACAGAAUGAGGACAGCGCAACUUUUGCUCUUCUGUCUGCUGGUGUGUCACACUAUGGAGAGUUUGACCGAUAAACGGGUGAAUUUAGGGGGAAACAUUACUUUAGACUGUCCUCUUGAUGUGAAAGAAAUUUACUGGCUCUUCCAGAGACCCACAGACUCUCCGGUGAUCAUACUGAGAACUUUCUCAUCAGAAUUUACAUCAUCUUUUAUAAAAGACCAAAGACUGAAAGACAAAUACUCAUCACUGACUUUAAGCCGUUUAUUUAUUCGAAACCUGACUAUUAAUGAAUUAGGAAUAUAUUAUUGUGCAAAACCAAACCAAACACUACAGAUCAGCGACGGCACCAGACUUCACAGCACUGAAUCCCCCCAAGAUCAAAAGCAAACAGAAAACAAAGACCAGGAACAACAAUACGAGACAGCGUUUGAGUUUCACAAGAUUUUGACCGUCGCGUCCAUCCUACUGAACUUUGCGCUGAUUAUUGCAAUAAUAGGUCUGUUUAUUCCUAAACUUAAGAAGUCGAGACAAAGUCGACAGCGGCUCCAGAACGUCCCAUUAGAGCAGAUCGAGGACUUAAACAACGCACAGUAUUCUGAAAUCGAGUUGCCCACAUAUUCGAGAAGGGAAAAUCCCGUUCAGAUGAGCAGCACUUACGUCCUUCUCCAGAAGCCGACGCUGCAUCCCGGAUCGACGCGAGCGGAAAUCAAUGCAUCUCGCAUCUUGCAAAGUUCUUCAAUAGUCUGAUAUCUCUUGUGGAUGUAUCCUUUUCGGUAUAGGAUCAGUCUUUAUAAAGGUCAAUGUGUGGUUCUGUCGCUGUUUGAAUACAACCACGUCAUUUACUUAAAUUUAUAAAAUACUAAAUUUUGGAUGCGUGCUAUACCUCAUGUCCAUCUUGAUAGAUGUUGGUAGAGUUUAAAAGGUUCAAUGCAUUGCCGUUAAAUUACAGUAAACAACGUUUAUUAAUCCCGGCUAAUGCUAAUGUGUGUUAAACACAACUAGUUUAUUAUUAAGUAUGUUAUUUGUUUGAUUUUAUUGAUUGCAAUUAAUAAAGUAGAUCAGAAAAACACUUUUUACUAGUGGUAGGUCCCUAACAAAAGGGCAGAAACGCUAUUCAUGAGACAGAUUUGAACAAAGCACAAGAUGACGGUCUAGAGAUGAGCUGUCUGUUGUGCAACACUGACUGGAGUUUUGUUAUGCUUAUCAUGAACUGGUAAAAUGUUCUACUUCCUGUUUCUGCUAGAAGAAAAAACAACAACAAAAACAAACGGCAGUGAAAUGUCCGCAUUAAAGUUUUAAACUAGUAAAAAGCAAUGCCUAGGGUUCAAUAUCGUUGAAUACAGUGCAAUUAUUUAUUUAUUUAUUUUUCAGAAAAGUAACACUGUUUUCCUCAGCAAAGUGUGGCGACAUGCACUUGUGACUCAUCAAGAAAUUAAAACUUGUUUUAAGAGA